AUGUGGCUGAAUUACGCGACGCUCUGCACCUCAAAGUCUACGGAGCUGAGCGAGUGUCGUCUGUUUCAGUCAAAUGGCGUCGUUUUUGCACCUCCCUGCCAUUUUCACACUUCCCUCUCCUCUGCGCGGAGCUUCCUUCCCAGCGGGCUCCAGGCCCAACUCGCUUUUCCAGACCCGGUUCGUUCUCUCCUCUCUCUCUCUCUCUCUCUCUCUCUCUCCCUCCCCUUCCCUUCAGCUGGAACUUUGAGAGGUUUCAGCAUAAAAUGCAGAUAUGCAGAGGCAAAUGUGAACAAGGACGCCUUCAAUUCCGUUUCCGCCACCAUAGAUGUUGUGGCUGAUGUUAAGCCUGAACGGGUUGUCGUAUUAGGAGGCAGCGGUUUUGUGGGUUCUGCUAUAUGCAAAGCUGCGGUGUCCAAAGGCAUAGAGGUCAUUGGUGUAAGCAGGUCAGGGCGUCCUACUUACUCCGGUUCAUGGAUAGAUCAGGUUAACUGGGUGCCAGGAGAUGUUUUCUAUGUAAACUGGGAUGACGUACUUGUUGGGGCCACUGCUGUGGUUUCAACCAUCGGUGGUUUUGGCAGUGAGGAACAGAUGCAAAGGAUCAAUGGGGAUGCAAAUGUUGUUGCUGUAAAUGCUGCAAAGGAUUAUGGAGUUCCCAAGUUUAUCUUGAUCUCAGUGCAUGAUUACAAUCUGCCUCCAUUUUUACUUUCAUCAGGAUACUUCACAGGAAAGAGAAAAGCUGAAUCGGAGGUUCUCUCCAAAUAUCCCAACUCUGGUAUUGUGCUAAGACCUGGUUUCAUAUAUGGGAAAAGGAGGGUGGAUGGAUUUGAGCUUCCGUUGGAUCUGAUAGGAGAACCAGUGGAAAGAAUUAUGAGUGCUACAGAGAACUUUACCAAACCAUUGAGUUCUCUUCCGGCAUCCGAUCUGCUCUUGGCUCCACCUGUAAGUGUUGAUGAUGUUGCACUUGCUGUAAUCAAUGGAAUCAGAGAUGAUGACUUCUUUGGCAUUUUUACUAUUGCGCAAAUUAAGGAGGCCGCAGAUAAGGUGAGGGUGUGA